AUGUCAAUCCACACACAAUGCCUCCAGCGAGUUCGUUGGCCUCGUUCAGCGAACACGCGAUGCAGACACAUCAAUUUCCGCAGCUAUGGUGCUUCCCAUGCAGCCGAAGGGCAAAGAGACUGGUUCGAGAAGCUGCGCGCUGAAAUGCUGGGGCGGCCCACUCACAUCACGCGCGACUAUGUGAAUACGGACACGCACCACAAGCUACAAGACACGCUCAAGCCUUUUAUGCCCCCCGGUUGGAGCCGGCGGCGUAUUGAAAGGGGAGCAGCGAUUGUUCCCUUGGGCCACCAUCUGGUGUGGUUCAAUUCGUUUCUGCCCGAGGACCAGCUGCUGCCAGACGGCACCGAUCCACUGCAGAGUCCUGGUGAGCCCUGGGUUCGGCGCAUGUGGGCGGGAGGCGAAGUGGAGGCGCGCAAGAAUGUCUACUUUGACCACGAUAACGGAUUCAUCAUCGACCAGCACAUGAUCUGUUCGGAGCGCAUCACAGAUGUGCAGAAGAAAGGCUCCGACGUCAAGCUCUUUGUCACCAUCGAACGUCGCUAUGCAAGGCUCGACAGUCUGCUCAAGGCAUUGGCUACCCGCAGCUGGAAACAGACACCUCUAGACGCACAAGCCCUGUUCCGGCAGCAGAUAGCUGCAGGCGAGGAGUGGGGUGACGCGAUUCUCAAGGAGGAGCGCACUCUAGUCUUCUUGAAGGAAAAGACGCCCGUCGAGCAGGAGGCCAUCGCCGCGGGAAGCCUUCUCCCCGUCAAAUAUCUCGAAAUAUCGCCUGGAGAGCCCGUCUUUUCUCAUACCCUCACUCCGACGCGCGCUCUGCUGUUCCGAUACUCGGCGCUGACCUUCAACGCCCACCUUAUCCACCUCGACCGAGACUAUGCGCGCAAUGUCGAGGGUCACCGCAACAUGCUCGUCCACGGUCCGCUGUCCCUGACAUUCAUGCUGCAAGUCUUUUGGUAUUGGAUUAAGAGAGAAUUUGGCAACAAAUAUGUCAUACUCUCUCUCAAGUACCAGAAUCUGGCACCUCUAUACUGCGACGAGGAGAUGCGCAUAUGCAUCCGGGAGAGUAAAACAUUCGAUCAGCGAGCAUCGUAUGUUGUUUGGAUCGAGGGCCCCACUGGCGGCGUUGCGGUCAAGGGCAAAGUGCUUGUGAUUGAAAGAGUCCACACACCCAAUGCGAUCAAGCCAUCAGCGGAUAGCCAAGCUCAACGGGAACCAGCCCCCACGAACAUCAGGAAAGUUAGGACUGAUGGCCCCAUCACAGAAGCAGCAUCAAGCGCGAACACAGAUGUUGAAGGCACAAAAGAUCAGUCGAUAAAUAACAGCACAACGCCGAUUAUAAGGGAGGACUCAGUUGCAAGCGCAUCGCCACCUGUGAGGAUGAUCAAGCAGCCAGUACUCAGGAAGAUAGCGCAGUUAGAACAUCGUGGUAAGAAGAGCCCCCCGCAUCGAUACGGCUUAUGAAACGCUUCCUUUCAUGUUUGGGGGUUGUAUAUUUACCAGAUGCUCAACUGGCGGAGGUGUGGAACAACGGGCUCCCGGAAAACGCUGCCUUCCACGGAAGACGUAGCGCUUGUCACCACUUCGAGCAAAACCAGGGAAUCAUAUGGCACAUACUUCAGGCACAAUAUCGAUAUCAUCAAUAUCGAACGAGGCUC